GGAUAUAGUUACAGAACAAUUAAAAAAAAAAUCCAACGAGGCGAAGGCGAGACGGAGUGGUACACAACCUUUGUUCCUUCCUUCAUUCCCCCUAUAGAAGAGACAAGAAAAGAGAAGAUAAGAGCUUCUUCUUCUUUGUCGUCUCUUCUGUUAAGAAAAAGAAGUCUCACUGCUUCCCUUGUUUGAUCUCUGAAAAAGGAAUCUGUCUUUGCAAUGGAUCAGAUGUUCAACAAGGUUGGAUCCUACUGGUUAGGUCAGAAGGCGAACAAGCAAUUUGACUCUGUUGGUGACGAUAUCAACUCGAUAUCAACGAGCAUCGAAGGAGGAGCAAAAUGGUUGGUCAACAAAUUCAAAGGAACAAUGCAGAAGCCGUUGCCUGAGUUGCUGAAAGAAUAUGAUUUGCCUGUGGGUAUCUUCCCACGCGAUGCUACAAACUACGAGUUCGAUGAACAGACCAAGAAACUGACGGUGCUGAUUCCAUCAGUCUGCGAAGUUGGGUACAAGGAUUCAUCCGUCCUCAAAUUCACCACAACAGUAACGGGAUAUCUGGAGAAAGGGAAGCUAAGUGAGGUGGAAGGGAUGAAGACAAAAGUGAUGAUAUGGGUGAAAGUCACAAGCAUCUCUGCGGACUCAUCAAAGGUGUAUUUCACUGCGGGGAUGAAGAAGAGCAGAAACCGAGAUGCUUAUGAGGUUCUUAGAGAUGGCGUUCGAGUUGAUAAAUUCUAACUCCAUCUUGCUGAUAUAUUUUCAUCUGUUAUCAAUUCAAUUAUGAAGUUUCAAGCUUUUUAUGGGUUUGCAUGAUGGUGUUAUUGAUUUGAAAGAAUUAACUUGUGCUGCAUGAAUCAAAUUGAAGAAGAUGAAUAUU